UCAUCCUCUUCCAUGGCACUAAGCUACUCUCCGGGCAAACGCACCAAGCUCUUUGUUACUAACUCCGGAGGUAAUGAGCACUGAUUAAAACUAAGCCUUGUUAACCACAGCACCCGCGUUGCUCAAAAGCGUUCAGACCUGGGGGCUUUGUAUUAACUCCAGAGGUGUAGCUGCCCUGCUAACCAGUUGCUUGAAGCUACUGAGAAGAACUUUUCUGGUUUGGCCUUUCUGUAAGGGAGAUGGCCGCGCGGUGGGCCGUGCUGGGGCUCUUGGUUGCCUGUGUGGCCAGUGCUGCGAAGGAAUCUGUGCUCAACAUGUGCAUGGACGCCAAGCACCACAAAACCAAGCCAGGCCCAGAGGACGUGCUGCAUGGCCAGUGUGUCCUGUGGAAAGACAACGCCUGCUGCACGGCCAACACCAGCACGGAGGCCCACCAGGACCAGUCCUACCUGUACAACUUCAACUGGAACCACUGCGGGGUGAUGCCAGAGAAGUGCAAGCAGCACUUCAUCCAGGACACGUGUCUGUACGAGUGCUCGCCCAACCUGGGGCCCUGGAUCGACCAGGCGGAUACCAGCUGGCGCCGGGAGAGGAUCCUCAAUGUGCCGCUGUGCAAGGAGGAUUGUGAGCUGUGGUGGGAGGACUGCCAGGAUGCCGUCACCUGCAAAGAGAACUGGCACAAGGGCUGGAACUGGACCUCAGGGACCAACCAGUGCCCCCGUGGCUUCAUGUGCCAACCGUUCAAAUACAUCUUCCCCCGGCCGGCAGACCUGUGCGAGAAGAUCUGGUCCAACUCGUACAAAUACACCACGGAGCACCGGGGCGGCGGGCGCUGCAUCCAGAUGUGGUUCGACCCUGCCAACGGGAACCCCAACGUGGCUGUGGCCAAGUACUAUGCCCAGAACGGGAGAGACGCCUCUCCUGCGCCGCGGGCUGUCCUGCUGCUGCUGCUGGCUGCUCUCCUGUCCCUGCUCUGAGCAUCUGGAAGCUGCUAGUCCUUGGGUCUUGAAAUAGCAGGGCUUGGUGGCCGGCUGAAAGCACCCUAGCUAUGGCCUCUGACUCUGGCAGCUCCACUGGCUUAUACAGGAAAUAUUUCUUCUCUAGGCAUGGGGUGUGUUCACCCUGCGGCCCUGCCUUGGGCUCUGGCCGGCAGAUGAUUCAAGAUUCCAUCCAGCUGCUUCUAACCUGGACAAGACUCAAUAGAACCAGAUUAUCCCCAUCCUCUCCUGCCCUUGAACGUCACUCACUCCAUGGUUUUAUUGUCUCCGUGUUCUCCUGCCACGCUCCUCUCUUCCAGCGGGCUCUGCGGGGAGAUCCCUCCAUGGACCGUGUCCCUGGGGACUGAGCUCUGUAACAUGCUGUGACUCAUUGGCUGGGUGCACUUCCUCUGUUGGGUAGCAGAGCCAGGCAGGUCCCCUCUGACGAUGGUGCCCGCAGUCAUCUGCAGGGCUGGCUUUAGGCCGAUUCGCCCGAUUCCCGUGAAUCAGGCCCCGCACCUACCAGGGCCCUGCAGCAUCUGGAAGAGGGGCCCUGCAAGGUAAGGAAGGACCCUCCGCUGAAGUGCCGCCGGAAACAGCGGCAACCGAUUGAGCUGCCGCCGAAGAUAGUGGCAGCAAUUCAGCAGCAGCUCAGUCUUCGGCGGCAGCUCAAUUCGGCGGCAUUUCAGCGGCGUUUUGGCAGCAGCUCUUUCUAAUCGGGCCCCGCACGUCCUAAAGCCGGCUCUGGUCAUCUGGGUGCUUGUGCCCCUCAGCCCUCCAUUGACAGGAUUGGCCACUGUCUUUGCACUUGAAUGUGCAGAGCAGGAGAAACCCCAAAGGGAAGACGGCAAAUAUCUGGGGCUGGGCAGGGGAGAGGAGGGUGCAGGGGAAAGGCAUUGGGACGCCUUGGGGGAUGAAGAUUGCGAAGAGAACAAGGCUUUUGGACCCUCUCAUCCAGCCUUGCUCUGUCUCCUUCCCUGCCAUCCUGCGCCCCCUGGAAAUACAGGUGUCUCCUCCCCUGGCUUGCAGCCUGCCCUGGUGUCUCCGCUUCAGCCCACGAGACCCUCCUCGCUGUAGCUCUGGGGGGGAGGGGCCCCAUAUGCGCACCGAGGCAUCACCACCCCUACCCUUGCAUACCUUGCUGCUGGUUCUGCCGUGUGAUUGGGUCUCUCCCUCCUGUGCCGCUGCUCCAAUUCCUCUUCUGUCUGAGCUUCCCCAGCCCGAGCCUAGCUCCCGGAGGGGUCUCGGUUCCCGGCCCCUGCUCUGGCAGAAGACUAACUGGAAGUGCUGCCCAGCAUGGCCGCAGGCAGGGCCUGGCCGGAGCCAGAGUCUCUGCACCCCAUGGUGACUGAUUGGGCUCUGACCGGGGUAGCUGUGUUGCUAUGACGAAUGCUCCCAACGCUGACACCAAGAGUUCCUACAGCCCGUAGAACCGGAGCAAUGCUUGGGAACGCCGUCCUGCCCCCUGCUGGCCACCACGGGCCAGCCAGAAUCCCCAGGGACCACCAUGGGGAGUUGCUGGAAAUCUGAGCCCCUCUAGCUU